AUGUCUUACUCCUCAAUGGCAGUCCGAUUCUUCACAGCCCCCAAACCGCUUGGUGAUUCUUUGGACACCGAUCCCAAACCACUUGGUGAUCCUACGGACGCCGACCCCAAACCAUCCAGUGAUUCUAUGGACACCGGCAAAAGCAAGAAGUCCGGGCCUGACUCCCAGGGCCAGACAGUCAUGAGAGCAAAUAUCUCUUCUGAACAACCCUCCGCGGAGAUUGCUGAGCCCAAGAGCCAGGGCUUGACUUUUGCAAACCAGGACUCGCUGCCCAAACUUCCUAUUCCUGAUCUGGAGAAUACCUGUCGCAGGUACCUAGAGACUCUGCAGGGCUUGCAAACCCCGCGUGAUCAUGAAGAUACCAAGGCUGCUGUUCGGGACUUUUUAAAGAAUGAGGGCCCUAUUCUGCAAGAGCGGCUGAAGGCUUAUGCUAGUUCAAAGACGAGCUAUAUUGAGCAAUUCUGGUAUGAUUCUUAUUUGAAUUUCGAUAAUCCUGUUGUUUUAAACCUCAAUCCAUUCUUCCUUUUGGAGGACGACCCAACUCCCGCCAGAAAUCACCAGGUGACUCGAGCUGCAUCACUGGCCGUCUCAUCAUUGGCGUUUGUUCGGGCUGUGCGUCGAGAGGAGUUGCCUCCUGAUACCGUGCGGGGAACGCCCCUUUGCAUGUAUCAGUACUCCCGGCUUUUUGGAACCGCACGUCUGCCUACCGAAAAUGGCUGCGUAAUUAGCCAGGACCCCACGGCUAAACACAUAGUUGUUAUGGCUCGGGGCCAGUUCUACUGGUUUGACGUCUUGGACAACAAUAGCGAUUUGAUCAUGAGUGAGAAAGACAUCUCGCUUAACCUGGAGGUAAUCGUUGAGGAUGCGACUCAGACUCCUCUUCACGAGGCUGCCAAGGGUGCUGUGGGUGUACUCAGCACCGAGAACCGGAAAGUUUGGUCGGGCCUACGUGAUAUCAUGACCAAAGAUCGCAGAUCUAACAACGCGGAGUGUUUGAACAUUGUCGAUACCGCGCUCUUCAUUCUAUGUCUAGACGCCACGGAGCCAGCCUCCAUGGCCGAUCUUUGUACUAACAUGCUUUGUGGCACAUGCGAAGUCGUCAAGGGUGUGCAGGUUGGAACCUGUACCAACCGUUGGUAUGACAAGCUGCAAAUCAUCGUCUGCAAGAACGGCAGUGCUGGUAUCAAUUUCGAGCAUACCGGUGUGGAUGGCCACACGGUGCUACGCUUUGCCAGCGACGUGUACACCGACACCAUCCUCCGCUUCGCAAAGACCAUCAACGGGCAAUCCCCAAGCCUAUGGGCAACCAGCAGUCCCGACCCUGCGAAGCGCGACCCACACAGUUUCGGAAAUGUCAGCACGACACCGCGCAAAUUAGAAUGGGACAUGACACCCGAGCUUAACAUUGCGCUCCGCUUCGCCGAAUCACAUCUAUCCGACCUGCUCUGCCAGCACGAAAUCCAAGUCCUGGACUUUGAAUGCUUUGGCAAGAACUUCAUCACCUCGAUGGGCUUCUCUCCGGAUGCAUUCAUCCAGAUGGCCUUCCAAGCCGCCUACUACGGUCUCUACGGCCGAGCUGAGAACACCUACGAACCAGCCAUGACAAAGAUGUUCCUGCACGGACGCACAGAAGCCAUCCGCACCGUAAGUCCCGAAUGCAUAGACUUUGUCACCGCAUUCUGGGGCGAGAAUGCCGCCGAACAAAAGGUCGAUGCCCUCCGCAUCGCAUGCCAAAAACACAGCGCCGCCACCAAGGACUGUUCAAAGGGCCAGGGCCCGGACCGUCACCUCUACGCCCUCUACUGCCUCUGGCAGCGCUCCUUCGACGAGGGUCUCUUCCCGGACACCAGCUCAACUGGCGGGUACUCCAGCCCUGGCGAAACACAAUCCCAAACCCAAAGCCAGUGUCCUGAAUCACCGAAGCUCUCCUCCUCCUCCCCUUCAGACGACGGUUUCUCCUCACAGGGAAGCAGCACGCGCGGCUACCGCACAGUAACGACGCCAACACCCGCAAUCUUCGCCGAUGCCGGCUGGGACAAGAUCAAUACCACUAUACUGUCGACCUCGAACUGCGGAAACCCUUGUCUGCGCCACUUCGGCUUCGGCCCUACGUCCGCCGACGGCUUCGGUAUUGGCUAUAUUAUCAAGGACGAUUCGAUCUCGAUCUGCGCGAGCUCCAAGCACAGACAGACGUCGCGUCUCAUGCACACGCUCGAGACGUAUCUGUUUGAGAUUCGGAAGUUGCUGCGCGCGACCAAUCGCAAGGCGACGAGUCCGCGUACUAGUCGGGCGAGAGAGACCGAGGCGUUUGCAGAGAGCUUGCAGGCGGAGACGAAUCGUCGCGGUCGACUUGUAAGAGGUGGGGGUGUUGAGACUCCUACUUCUGCCGCUGAGAGUAGCUAUAUGGAGGAUGAUGGUAUGGGAGGAUAUGGUUUCUUCGAUGCUGGUAUGCUUCUCCAUGCGCUCAAGGGUCUCAGUGCGGAGCGGGAACAACGCGGGGAGAAAUCUGUUAGGCGGAGAUUUGUGGGGAAGAAGCUUCAUCUUAAUGAUUAUUGA